UUUGAAUCUUGUUAGGCCGUUCAAGGUCGCUAAACGAAACGGCGGGUAGCUUCGAAAGGCUCUGACGUUUUCUCCUGUUCCUCCUUCGUCAUGUCUUUCAACUUUUCGAGGAUUAAGAAAGCACUGUUUGGAGAUAAUACGCCUCAACCAAAACUUGGGUCUCUCGAUAUAGAGGGUGUGACACAAUUAAUCCAGGAUGGUCAAGUCAACAAAAUAAUAACGAUGGUUGGUGCUGGCGUGUCAACAGCUGCUGGAAUACCUGAUUUUCGAAGCCCAUCUUCUGGCAUAUACGACAACUUGGAAGAUUUUAACUUGCCUACUCCGAACGCAAUAUUCUCGAUUGAUUACUUCCGAAACGAUCCUAGACCUUUCUUUGAGAUUGCAAGGCGUUUGUAUCGACCAGAAGCAAAGCCUACGUUGGCUCAUUGUUUUAUCAGGCUACUUCAUGAAAAAGGCUUACUUCUUAGGCAUUAUACACAGAACUGUGAUAGUUUGGAACGCUUAUCUGGUUUACCAGAGGAGAAAUUGGUUGAAGCCCAUGGGACAUUUCACACAGGACACUGUAUUAAGUGCAAGAAACUGCAUGAUUUCGAGUUUAUGCUAAAUGAAAUUUUAGCCAAAAGAGUGCCUAAGUGUCUUGAAUGCAAAGACGUUGUCAAACCUGAUGUUGUACUUUUUGGUGAGAGUAUGCCGAAGAAAUUUUUCAAGAACCUUUCUUCAG